UCCUUAAAGUUACCUCAACAUUAGAAGAACUGGGUUCUGUGUGGACAUGUUAAUUACAACUAGGGCUGUAACUGUGGCCCUUACUACCCGUCAGCCCAGCCCGGCCCAGCCCAACCCUAUGGGUCGGGUAGGGUCAAUCAGUCUUUAGGGCCAAAAUAGGGUCGGGUCACAUUCUGACCCUAGAGGGUAGGGUAUUUUUGGGUUUUACCCUUAAAACCCAUUCAGACCCAUUUUUGACCCAUUUUAACCCUAAAAUCCAUUUCAGCCCCAUCUCUUCUUUCCGCUAACAUCUCCUGAUCGCAUAAUCGAGCCAACACCUCCGCCGUAUCUCCUUCAUCCUCUGCGCCGAUCCGGCACUCAGGUUCGCCCUCCGCCGCCGCCCUCUCCUGCCCCCCCGCCGCAGCAGGCAGCAGCUUCCCUUCCUCGUUCUCGCACCCCGUCGUCUCCCCGGCGCGGUUGAAAUCGCACGACGUGUCGUCGAAGGAGAAGCGCCUGGAGGAGUAGCAGAAGCUCUCCGUUUCGUCGACGACGCCGUCUUCUCCUUCCUCCUCCUCCUUCUCGUCUCAGGGGCGACCACGGCGCUGGGUUUUUCACAUCCGCUGGAGAUUGAUGGGUGUGGAGGGAAAAUAGACCCAACCCAGCUCUGAAUCGGAUCCCAGCUUCUCUGCUCCCCAAACCCAGGUUCGACUCACUUUUCGUAUCUUAGUGUGUAAUUAGUGUGUAAUUAGCAUUGGAGCCCAGAAACAACGCUGCUCCUCGCCUUAACCCACGCCAGCUCCUUCAAUUCUAGCCUGUAAACCUCCACAUGAUCCACCGUCUCCAUAGAUCUAGUCGAACACAGAAAAACCAGCACUACUUUCCCUUCUGAUUCCACCAAACACUCCCUGAACCCCGGCGUAGCGGCCACAUCUGAAUCAGGAACCACUCUCUCCUUGCCCAAUUUCGUAAUCCGCAGAUCGAAGUUCACAUCUUCUUCUACAACAGCGAGCGUGCCUUCCACACUCAAAGCAUAGAAUCUGUCCUGAAACCAGAUCCCAUUGCCGAAUCGCAUCCAACUCCCACGGGAACAAUGUGUGUAAUCUGCUACUUUGAGUGGAUGAAUUUACAAUAGAUAAAUGCUUGUCACUUGGAAUAGAUGAUCAUCUCACUCUUAUCAUUCUGAUGCCUCCAAGGAUAAGUCUAACAGAGGAGCAGAUCUGGGUUAUGUCUUUCAUGAAUUGGUUUGGAUUUGGUAUUGGCAGCAAAUGUUGUUCAUGGAUUUGAUUGAAUCUGUUAGUAGCUCCAGUCUUUCCUUUGCAAGAUAGGACAGUCAUUGUUGGUGAAGAUGAUAGCUUUAGAUAUGAUUUUGCAUUUGUUUGUUUUAACUGAAGUCUUAAUUUUACUGAAUUUGCUAUCCAUUAGUCUUUAUCCCCAUGGGUUUUGUUUGAGAAAUCACGAGUCACAGCAGACUCAUUUUACUACUAUAGGCAUUGGAAUCAUGCUUAGUCGAUGAGGCUUUAGCUUCUGAGUUCAUAUUCUGCACCCUUUCAAGAGUCUGAUUUAUAUGCAUUGUAAAAGUCUCAUUUUAUAGUUGGCGUGGAAAGUUGUUUUAUUAGUAUUAAGUGUGGUAUUAAGAAAGAAAAACAUGGUUUGUGUUUGAAUGUAGGACUUGAAAUCUUAGCCUUCUCAAAUCUAGUGCUGGGGGCUUCUUAGGCGAUUUGAUCAAAUGGAACUUUGAGAAGUUCUUGGUGGACAAGAACGGUAAGGUUGUCGAACGUUAUCCGCCAACAACAUCGCCUUUCCAAAUCGAGGUACUUGUUUGCAUCAAAUCGAGGUACUUGUUAUGGAUUAUUGGUGCAGAGUUUUCAAGCUAAUUAGUAUUUGAUGAUUGUGCAGGUAAUCCUGACGCCUACUCAUCUGGCGAUUAGUGGUGUUAAAUGCUUAACAUGAAGAGAUAUGCUUAGUGGUGUUAAAUGAUGAAUAUUUUAUAAUUAUGGAUGAAUUUAGUAUUUUGAUUUUGCAUGUACAUAUGAGAUAAUAUUACCAAGCCGAUAUUGGUCCUACACCCGGGCCCACCUUGAACCUUUUAGGGUCUUUUUUGCGAAGAACGAAUGAGUCAUGCCGAUGGGUUAUGCCCACGGGAGACCACUUGUCUUCACAGCCCAUCCCUUGUAAUUAGAUCAAUUACCCAACUACAACCACAUGCAUUUGAUUGUUCGUCAUGAGACCAUAGUAUUGACCACCUUUUAGGUUAGAUCCAGCCAUUACUAGAUAGAUGGUUUUAUUUUUCGAAACAUAGUUUUGCAUGCAUCUAUGUUAUGUACGACAAUGUAUAUGAAAUGUAUCAUCAUCUGAAUAUUGUAGUUUAAGACAACCCAACAAGUGGAAUAACAAUUAAAAAAAUCCAGAUAAAAUUCAAAAAUCCACACAUGGUGUAACUAGAAAUAAUACAUGUAUUUGUGAGAUUAAGUCGUUUUUUUUGUUAUAUUGAAUGAGAAUACAUGCAUUCACUUUUUGGAGGUCCCACCACAAUCACUCAAAAUUGAGGGAUUGUCAAUCUCUACUUUUUGUUGAGAUUGUUAACAAUCACUCAAAAUUAACUUUUAUACCUUUACAACAAAAGCACAAUCUAAACCCAAUACAUCAAUUUGAAGAAUCACAACUUCCAAACGACCCCUAAGUAAUUGAGGCUUAGUCCCAUAUGGAUUUCAGGUUUUUAACCACUCUUUUCAUGAUGUUGGAGUCGGCUUUGAAAUUUCAAAGGGCAUUUGAGAGGUUAGAGGAGGAGGAUCCCAAGUAUAAAGUUGAGCUUGAGAAGUUGAAAGGGACUCCAAAGGAGUUGGACUGGUCUUAUGUGGAGUCUCUAGUUCCAUUUUUGAAGAUAUUUUAUGAUGCUACAAUGAAAGUAUCGGGAUCUUUGUAUGUCACAAGCAAUGAUCUCUUUCAUGUAGUAUAUGGAAUCGCUUGCAUGCUUAAAAUGGAAACUUCAUCUAAAGUGUAUGGUCAUAAAGUCAUGGCAAAGAGAAUGAAAGCUAAGCAUGACAAGUAUUGGGGCAAUUUGGACAAUAUUAACCCCUUGUUAUUUAUUGCUGUGGUUCUUGACCCGAGAUACAAGCUAGAAUAUGUGGUUUUUGCACUUGAUGAAGUUUUUGGGAAAGAUAAUGGGGGAGAUUGGACCAAGGAGGAGUUGCAUAAUAAGGUGAAGGGUUUUCUAGAUGACAUGUUCAAGAACUAUUCAGAAAUGAGAGGGGUUAUUUGUGCAAGUUCUUCAAGAAGUGGGGGGAGUGUAGAGCCAAAUGACGAGAACGAGGAGUGUGAAAAUGUUGAGGAUUAUCUGAAGAGAAAAUUUAAAAGAAAGAGAAUAGAAGACAGAGCUGGAGAAACUACUAUUUCGGAACUUGAGAGGUAUUUAAAGGCAAACAUUGAGGAUGAUGAGGAUAAGAAUUUUGAUAUCUUAGCGUGGUGGAAGAAGCACUCUAGUGAGUACCCGAUAUUGGGUUUGAUGGCUAAAGAUGUGUUGGCGAUUCCAGUAUCUACUGUUGCAUCCGAGUCCGCUUUCAGUACCGGUGGACGCGUUCUAGAUGCAUUUCGGAGUUCUUUGACUCCCUUGGUCGUUGAAAGUUUGAUUUGUGGUCAGAAUUGGCUUCGAUCGAGUACUCUUCCAAUUGAUAUGGAAGAGAAGUUUGAGGAAAUUGAAGAACUUGAGCAAGAGUUAAAGGAGUUUUGCUUGGAUGAUAGUACUAUCAUGAGUGAUUUGGUUGAUGAUGAUUGAAAGAUGAUAUAUUUGAUAUUAUCAGCGAUGCAUUUGAUGAAUUGCGAAAUUGUGUACUUUUUUUACGUACUUUGCAUUUUGUUUAUUUUAUUUGGAUUUAUUGUAAGGUAAUUUUGACUUUGUAGAUGUAAUUUGCAUUUUGUUUAUUUGAUUUGGAUUUAUCGUAAGGUAAUUUAGACUUUUUAGAUGUAAUUGGCAUUUUUUUAUUUGAUUUGGAUUUAUCGUAAGGUGAUUUAGACUUUUUAGAUGUAAUUUUAAUUUUUUGGAAUUAAUUUUGAGUUUUUCGAAUUAAUUAGGAUUUUUGGUAUAAGAAUUUGGACUAACUUAAAUUUUCUGGAAUUAGUUGGAAUUUUUGUAAUCAAAAUUUUAUUUUUUG